AUGAGAUUAAUAUAAAAAGUUGAAUUGGUUUGAAAUCUUUAUAAAAUGACUAUAUGUAGGGUUGUUGGUAUAUUUGUAAUAGUAUUCAUUAUAGCCAGACAUGCAGAUGGUAAUACACUGCAAUGUACGUCAUCAUGUUCUAAAAAUGGAUCUAUUGCUGUGCUUAGUAACAGUCAACAAUUGACUUGCUCCAUACGAGGACAAUACUUAACUCCAUGGCCAAAAGAUGAAGACAAAACAGCACAUAAAGCACGCAAGCUUAAGAUUCGGUGGUACAUAUAUCAAGAAGCAAGAAUUGCACUGGAUAUAACAUGGUCACAGAAAGUGUCUGAUCUACGAACACAAAAUAUAGAAGGAUAUUAUCUGACAGUUGGAAUGUCCAACUACAAAGUACUCCUGAGCUAUGAAAAUAAAACCCAUGGUGAAUUUUAUAAUCAUACGAAGAAAUAUGUUAAUUUUGGCUAUCAAUGCAUUGGUAUGAGAUACUGGUUCAUAAGACCUGGAGAUUAUAUAGAAGUAAAGCUUCAUUCACUACCCAUGUAUCACACAACAACAAAUAUGCAAGCACUGAAGAGAAAUAUCACAAUUCCAAAAUGUAUAGAAGAUGAAAGACUCGUUAGUGUUAAAAACAAGGAAAUUUCAGACAAAGCUUGCAAAGAUUUCUGGCGAAGUAUAUGGAACAUAAGAAGAUCAACAAUACCAAUGCAUUCUACCUUUAGUGUAAAUGCUUCCACCCAUAAGCCGGUCAUUGUACACAUGAGAAAACCAGAUCAAACAAUUUACUUCGUGUUAGCAUCUGUCAUUGGAGCAUUUCUCUUCCUGAUAAUUCUUGCAAGGAUGGUUAUACAAGAAAAGAGAAAUAAAAAUAGAAAACAUUCAGGUGAAAGAAGAAUUCUUGUUAUAGCAGAUAACAGCGACAACAGUAGAUUGGAUGAAAUACAUUCAAUGAUUGCGCGACUGAGGCAUGAGUUCAAUUUACAAAUAGCAAGUAACUGGGAAAACAGAGUAAUAAUUGGUAAAGAUUGGAUGGAUUGGUAUCAACAAGCCAUGAGCAAUUCCAAUACUAUUCUGUUUAUAGUAAGCUAUAAAAUUUUUUGCGAUAGUCUUACUUUGACUAAAACAUUGCAUUCCGGGCAAGAAAUCAAACAGGCAUUCAAAUCAAGCACAUUCUUGCAAGAUACAAGGAAGAGCAGAAGUUAUCAUUCUUCUUACUGGUAAAGUGAACAGAAUUCGGAUGUUGUUAGCGAGACAAAAAACACAUUAUGUAGUAUACAGCAUGCAGAACCACUACAAAGAUUUUUUGCUGCAUAUGACGGGCAAAACAGCAUCAAAAGACAAAAUAAAAUAUUUGAUGAGUGCUAUUAAAAACUGUGAUCAAAGGAAUGAAGAAGCAGACACAUUAGUAUAAAUAUGAGAGCAUAUUCAAUAUGUAAAAUGUUGAAAUCAGCUCGUCAAAAUCACAAGUUAAGAGGAUCAAAAAAGUCAACCAAUAAUAUAGUGAAAUAUGGAGUAAGAUCAAAAAAUUUAAAUGGUCCUUCUGUCUAUUCACACACCAUGCAGCUAGUUUUUACGAGCAAAUACCAAACGAGAAUGACUAGAAAAGCAUGUCUGUCAGUUUUAUAUUGUCUAUAUUUUUCUUUCUUUGUUUACACAUUCAUAUCCUUAUAGGACUUUCAUUUUUGUGGAAUGCGAAUGUGAUUUUUCCAGUCUCAUUAAUGUAAGAUACACAAUUGCACUGCCAAGCUUAUUAUUGACUCAAUUUUUAUUUAUUAAUGCAAAUGACGUAAACACCAUUUUUUAUAAUUUGUUUCAUAUCUUUGCAUCUUACAAACCACCAAGUAUUUUUGUAUAUGAAGAAAGCUACAAAAAUUUGAAAAAAUUCAUUCAAUUCGGAUCAGCCCCAACUUAUUACACUCUGGGUUGAUGGGUAUUGGAGGACUUCUUAAAAAAGCAAGGACUAAACCUGAAAUCUUUCUUGAUGUAAACAUAAAUAAAAUGGAAAUUAGAAAUGAUAUAUCUUCAUUGUCAAUUGAUUUGCUUAAUAUUAUGAAGCAUUAUCUGUAAUAUGAAACUGCAUUAAAUAUAAAUCUAGACAUGUCAGCAUUGUUGUAUAGUGUUUUUUUAAAAUGGGGAAAAAAGAUCCUUGCUGAUAUUGAAUACUACACUGAAAAUGGAAAAAAAUUUUAC